AUGCUCGUGCAAACACUAAUACCGCGAGCCUCAUGGGCCCCUCGCAUCUUGGUACCCUUUGUAAGGUCGUUACAUACGUCUUCGGGCCCUGAGCAGAUCCGCAAGCUCUUCGACAGUCAGAAGUACUUCAAGAACUUCACUCAGUCAAGCUACUCCAUGUUGAAAAAUUCCAACGUGGGGUUGUUCCGCAAUAGCAAACUUCAGACUCCUGAGGGACUUGUUAAAUUCUCCAAAGAAUCCCUCGAGCAGGCACGUCUGUUGGUGCGGACAAUGCUUUUGGAGGCUAAGAAUACCGAAGACGGAAAGCUCACUUACAUCCGUAAGUUGGACCAGCUCAGCGACAUUCUCUGCCGAGUGAUCGAUGUGGCCGAGUUCAUCAGAGUUGUUCAUCCAAGCCAGAAGUGGGUGGAUGCUGCUCAGAAAACCCACGAGAUGAUGUUUGAAUACAUGAAUCAGCUCAACACUAAUGUGGACCUCUAUAAAACAUUGGCCAAUAUUCUAGAUCUGUACGUCGCCAAGGGUUUGAGUGACGAAGAAAUUGAAGUGGGCAAAUAUUUGAGACAAGACUUCGAGCGUUCGGGUAUUGCAAUGGACCCAGAGUCAAGAGACAAUUUCGUGGCCAUCACCCAGCAAAUCUCCCUAUUGGGGUCUGCGUUCAACAACGAGAUCCACAAUUUGGAAUCGUACUGGUGUAGUGUUCCGCGUCACGAGUUCGAGAGUCUUGAAAAUAAUUCGCUCAAGCAAGAGAUUCAAAGUAUGCAAUCGCGUGCCCAGGGUCAGAAUAAGUCAGAAGUCCAAGUCCCUUUAGCUGGGCAUAUUCCUUACACCUUACUCACAAAUUGCAAAUCUGAGGAGAUUCGGAAAAGAGUUUGGAUUGCAUUGCACAACUCCCCAAAAGAGCAAAUCCAGACCUUGGAUAACUUUAUCAAAUGCAGAGCACUCUUGGCAAAUAUGUUGGGCUACAAGUCAUACGCAGACUACCAGUUGGAGCACAAGAUGGCCAAGAACCCCAAAAAUGUGAUUACUUUCUUGAGAAACUUACAAGAGACUUUACUUUCUAAAAAGGAUGGUGUUGUUAGUGAGGUCAAAGGUCUCUACAAAUUUAAGCCCAAUUGCAAGCCAUUGGUUAGUGAUGAGAGAGUCUUGAAUGAGGUUAAACCAUGGGAUAGAGACUACCUCUUGGCUUUGGAAAGUACCUCGACGAAGUCACUCGAGACUCCAGAAAGUAUCUCAAAUUACUUGUCGGUGGGUACGAUUAUGAGUGGUCUUGACAAGCUAUUCAGAAGCAUUUACAAUGUUGGAUUAGUUCCAGAGAAAACAGAAAAGGGCGAAACUUGGGAUCAAAUCCAGGUUAGAAAAUUAAGUUAUGUCGAUUUGUCCACCAAUGAAGUGUUGGGAUACUUAUAUGUGGAUUUCUGGUCUGCCAAAGUACUUCCAUCACACUUUACUAUUGUUUGCUCAAGGGAAUUAAAUUCAGACAUUGGAAGUGAAUCAAGAUCAGAGAUGGAAAACUUGGUCCACUUAAGCAAAGAUUCGGAUUACCAGUUGCCUGUCAUCUCGUUGGUAUGCAACUUCCUGAAACCCAAGUGUGGGGGUCGCAUAGCAGGAUUUGCUGGGCGUGACGAAGAUUGUCCUACCCUCUUGACUUUGGAGCAGGUGGACACGAUUUUCCACGAGAUGGGACAUGCUACUCACUCCAUGUUGGGCCGUACCAGACUCCACAAUUUGUCAGGAACAAGAUGUCAGACUGAUUUCGUGGAGCUUCCUUCUGUUUUGAUGGAACUGUUCAGCAGCGAUCCAAGAGUGCUCUGCAAAAUCGCUCGUCACCACAAGACAGGAGAACCGUUGUCUCGAGAGCUUUUAGAGAAACAUCAAAGCAAGAGACACGCACUCAAGCUGUGUGAGGAGUAUUUGCAGUCGAAGAUGGCAUUGUUGGACCAGGUCCUUCAUGACGAAAAUGUGGUGGACUUUUCGAAUGAACAAGCGUUCCAACAAUUCAGCUCCACUGAAAUCUAUCACUCACUUGAAAAGAAACUCAAGGUCUUCAGUGAUGAGUACUCUACAUGGCACGGAAAGUUUCCCCAUUUGUUUUCUUACGGAGCAGUCUAUUAUUCUUAUCUCCUUGAUCGUGCCAUUGCAGAAAAAAUCUGGAAGGGACUUUUCAAGGAAGAUCCAUGGAGUAGAGAGGCUGGAGAGAAGUACAAGCAGAGCAUUUUGAAGUGGGGAGGAACCCGUGACCCUUGGGUCUGCUUGGCUGAUGCAUUGGACGAACCGGCACUCCGGAAAGCGGAUUCUCGCGCGAUGGAGAUCAUCGGUCACCUUUAG